CAUCCCUUCCCUCCCGCACUCGUCUCUUUCCUCCCUAAACCCUAAGCCCCGCACUCAUCUCGUUCCUCCCGAUUUCUUCCUGCCUGGUCGUCGUCCUGUUUUACCCCUGCUAACUUGGUGCGACUGCAGCCUCUCUGCUCCAGAUCUUUCAAAUUGAAGUUGGGGCUGUACAUUGGGAAUGGAAAUCGAGAGAGAGAACAAAAGGAAGAAAUCGAUGAAGGAAGGUGGGAAGGAUGAGAAGCAGCGAGGGGUUUGCUAUUUGGGUCGGAUUCCGCCGCGCAUGGAUCCGUCGACGCUUCGUCAGAUGCUCUCCCAGUACGGAGAGAUACAAAGGCUUUAUCUUGCACCUCAAGAUUCUUCUGGUCAUGUUCAAAUCAAAGCUGGUAAAUUUCAGAGGCAAAAUUUUUCAGAAGGGUGGGUUGAAUUUUCUGACAAAAGGGUUGCUGAGAGAGUUGCUAAUAUGUUAAAUGGUGAACAGAUAGGUGGGAAGAAGAGGUCAUCUUUCUACUAUGAUCUUUGGAAUAUCAAGUAUUUGAGUAAAUUCAAGUGGGAUAAUCUUACCGAAGAGAUUGCUUACAAGAAAGCCACUCGGGAGCAAAAACUAGCUUUAGAAAUUUCUGCUGCUAAGAAGGAGCGUGAUUUCUAUCUCACUAAAGUUGAGAAGUCCCGUGCUCUGAGUGCCAUAGAUGAAAGAUUGAAGAAGAGGCAAAGGCAAAGGGUCGAAGAAUAUUCAGGGAGCAAUCCGGAUCUCUCUGAUAGCCAACCGGAACAUCAGGUAAUUCGCCGGUUCCGACAGAAGAAACCUGUUGCAAAUAAUGCUGCAAAAACCAAACCUCGUCUUUCUGGAGAUGUACUGUCAGCGGUAUUUGGUGGUUCUUAGUGCACAAAAUUCUCAUGGAUUGGCAUGCCUCAACCGGAAGAGCCGUAAAAGCGCAGGACAUCAUUUGGAGUUGAAUCUUGUGUUUGUGCUUUGAGUGGUAUUGUUCUAGUUUUCAGUGAUCAGGGCAAACUGCCAUCUCCAUUUGGUUUCGACCGGAUCACAAAAUCGCAUCGUAGAAACCGUGCGAAAAAUACUUGCAUCUGUAUUUACUUAUCUGAUUAAUUACUUUUCAAUUGAGCUUUGUUAACUGGUCAAA